AUGAAGGUUCUUCCAACUUUGGCACUGCUUGCCACUUGCUUUGCUCCUGCUAAAGCAGCAACAUGCGACCCUUCUGUUCAGGAAGUGAAAACUAUUCCGUACACUAUCAUCGGAGAGACACUCAACUUUGAUAUCGGUUACCUUCCUGACGCAAUCUCGGACGUCACGAUUACUGCCGAGUUUCUAGGAGAUUUGAAUGCAGUUGUUUCCGCCGAUGUCCAGUUGGGGGCGUCCACGAAUAUCUGUUCGCUGGCCGAUAGUGAAGAUUCUCCGCCAUUGCUUGGCCUUGGUGUUGGCCUGAAAGCAAAAUGUGACAAAGAUUCCAAGACCGUUACGAUCUCGGCAGAGGUUUUCAAUCAAGAUCAUUCCACCAUCAGCAUGGCGAUUGACGCAAAACUUGGAGUUACUUCCUUCCUUUGCGCUGACAAUAUGGGUACAAUCACGAUUUCUUACUUGAAAGAUUGUUCAGCUUGCAUCCCUUCUGUUCGGGAAGUGAAAACUAUUCCGUACACCAUAAUUGGAGAUACGCUGAACUUUGAUAUCGGUUACCUUCCUGACGCAAUCUCGGACGUCACGAUUACUGCCGAGUUUCUAGGGGAUUUGAAUGCAGUUGUUUCCGCCGAUGUCAAGCUGGGGGCGUCCACGAACAUAUGUUCGCUGGCCGAUAGUGAAGAUUCUUCGCCAUUGCUUGGCCUUGACCUUAGCCUUGAAGCAAAAUGUGACAAAGAUUCCAAGACCGUUACGAUCUCGGCAGAGGUUUUCAAUCAAGAUCAUUCCACCAUCAGCAUGGCGAUUGACGCAAAACUUGGAGUUACUUCCUUCCUUUGCGCUGACAAUAUGGGAACAAUCACGAUUUCUUACUUGAAAGACUGUUCAGCUUGCGUCCCUUCUGUUCAGGAAGUGAAAACUAUUCCGUACACCAUAAUUGGAGAUACGCUGAACUUUGAUAUCGGUCAUCUUCCUGACGCAAUCUCGGACGUCACCAUUACUGCCGAGUUUCUAGGAGAUUUGAAUGCAGUUGUUUCCGCCAAAGUACAGUUGGGGGCGUCCACGAAUUUAUGCACUCUUGCCGACAGUGCCGCAUUGGUUGACCUCGACCUUAGCCUUGAAGCAAAGUGUGGCAAGGAUUCCAAGACCGUUACGAUCUCAGCCGACGUUUUCAAUCAAGAUCAUUCCACCAUUAGUAUGGCGAUUGAUGCAAACCUAGGAGUCACCUCCGUCCUUUGCGCUGACAAUAUGGGAACAAUUUCGAUUUCUUACUUGAAACAAUGCCAUUCCUGCGUCCCUUCAGUUCAAGAGGUGAAAACAAUUCCUUACAACAUCAUUGGACAGACUUUGAACUUCGAUUUUGGUUACCUUCCUGACGCAGUCUCGGACGUCACGAUUACUGCCGAGUUUCUGGGAGAUUUGAAUGCAGUUGUUUCCGCCAAUGUCAAGCUGGGGGCGUCCACGAAUAUAUGCACUCUUGCCGACAUUUCCGCAUUGGUUGACCUUGACCUUAGCCUUGGUGCAAAGUGUGACAAGGAUUCCAAGACCGUUACGAUCUCGGCAGAUGUUUUCAAUCAAGACCAUUCCAUCAUAAGCAUUGCAAUUGACGCAAAACUUGGAAUCACAUCUUUUCUUUGCGCGUACAACAUGGGGACAAUUUCGAUUUCUUACUUGAGAGCUUUGGAUGAAGACUGUGCAUUGCCUGAGCCACCUGUCGCAGCUCCUGUUGUGCCUCUUGUUGUAGCUCCUACUCGCAGCCAAACCGGUGGAGAUCCUCACUUUACUACCUGGAAAAACGAACACUUUGAAUACCACGGCCAGUGCGAUCUCGUCUUGGUCCAUGAUGCCAACUUUGCUGACGGACUUGGGUUGGACAUUCAGAUCCGUACCAAGAUUGUUCGCUACUGGUCCUACAUCAAGACCGUUGCCAUCAACAUUGGCAAUGACAUUCUCGAGAUUGAAGGUUCCGCGAAUGUUGAAGAUGCCGAGGCUCACUAUUGGUUCAACCUUGAGUAUCAAGGCGAGCUUGACACUUUCGCUGGCUUCCCCGUUACCCAGAAGCUUCCAUCCGUCUACAAGCGUCAUUACAGUAUUGAUUUGAGCUCCAAGUACCCAGGAGCUUCCAUCGACAUCCUCCUAUACAAGGAAUUUGUCCGAGUCCAAUUCAAAGGAGACGAGUCCGUCUAUGGCAACACAGUUGGUCUUCUUGGAGACGCCAAGACUGGAAAGACCCUUGCUCGAGAUGGAGCCACUGAAAUGAACAACUUUGUUGAUUUUGGAGAUGAGUGGCAAGUCUUGCCAAGCGAACCAAUGCUCUUUCACAAAACGGCACAUCCUCAAUUUCCAGAGCUUUGCGUCAAGCCCGAGGAUCCACGUGGACAGCGCAAGCGUCGUUUGGGCGAGUCGAAUAUCUCCAUUGAACAAGCGGAAGCCGCCUGUGCCACUUUGAAGGAUCCUCUCACCAUCAAGGACUGUGUGUAUGACAUCUUGGCCACUCAAGACAUGGACAUGGUUGGUGCCUUUUAG